AUGGCUACAUUCACUACAUACCAAAAAGUUGAAAGGGAGAAUAAACAACUUCAGUAUGUGAACGAUCGAAAUUUCAAUCAAAAGGGAAACUACUCAGGAAACAACUACUAUCAGGGGUUCAAUAAUCAAGCAUUUGAGCGAAAGCCAUCACUGGAAGAUAUUUUAGGAACCUUCAUUUCGGAGACUAGAUCGAGGUUCAACAAAGAUGAGGCAAGACUUGACAACAUUGAGACACAUAUGACCAACUUGGGGGCUACAGUGAAGAAUUUGGAGGUACAGAUUGGUCAGAUAGCAACUGCAAUACAGUCUCAACAAAAAGGACAAUUUUCCAGUGACACAGAGGUUAACCCAUGGGAACACUGCAAUGCUAUCACCCUAAGAAGUGGUAAAGCAGUUGAAGAACACAAGCUUAGAGAGGUUGGGAUACCUACAUCGGAUCCCAUUCUUGCAAGGGAAAAGCAGACUGAAGGACAGAAAAUAGAGGCAGAGGCAACAAAGAAGAUUUAUAAGCUUUACUCAAUUUCAUUUCCGGACAAUCCACCUAUCUUGAAGCCCCCACUACCAUUCCCACAGAGGUAUUUGAAGAAGGAGUUUGAUGAAAAAUUCGCAAAGUUUCUGGAGGAAGUGAUGUCAAAGAAGAGAAAGUUGGAGGAAUUUGAGAUCGUUAAGCUGACAGAGGAGUGUAGUGCCAUACUUCAGAAGAAGCUCCCUCAUGAAUUGAAAGAUCCAGGUAGCUUCAACAUCCCGCGCAAUAUUGGUGGUGUCACAUUUGAUAGGGCACUAUAUGACCUUGGAGGUAGCAUAAACUUGAUGCUCUUAUCAGUGUUCAAAAAGCUGGGUCUUGGAAAAGUGAAUCCCACAACCGUUAGCUUGCAACUGGUGGACAGAUCGAUUACAUAUCCCAAAGGCAUUAUAAAAUAUAUGUUGGUGAAGGUUGAUAAGUUCAUCUUUCCAGUGGACUUUGUGGUAUUGGACAUGGAGGAGGAUGAGAAAGUACCAUUGAUUCUUGGCCGACCUUUCCUGGCUACUGGAAGAGCAUUGAUUGAUGUGCAAGAAGGAAAUUUGACACUACGAGUUAAUGAAGAGCAAGUAACUUUCAACAUCCAUCAAGAAAAGAAAGCCCUAGAAAAAGGAAAAGUUGACAAUUGCAAAAUGAUCCAAUCAGUUGAAGUAAUUGCAGGAAACGAAGAAAAAAGGGAAUUAUUUUAUGAUCCAUUGGUGCAAUACAUGGAAAUUAGUUACUCAAUAAAGGAUGCAUCUACUGAUGGUAAUGACUCAGAAUGA